CAGAUGUUAGCUCAGGGCUAAUCUUCCUCAAAAAAAACAAAAAAAGAAAAAGAAAAAGCACUAGCUUAGGAGUCUCCCAGACAUGCUUCAGGUCCCAGUUCCACUACUUACAAGCUCUGUGACCUUAAUUGUUACUUCCAGACACAGUUUCCUCACCUGAAAAAGGGUGAUAAUGCUUAAGACUAACGUAUUCCUGUGAAGGGAGAGAUGAUGAAGUGAAUGUACAAGGGAGUACUCACAAAUGAGAGCAGUGACUAUCCUUGUGGGAGAAAUAUCAGGCCUGGUCUAAAAUUAAAUCUGUCCCACUGGACAGUGAAUAGCAGAGGUUCCGGCUGCAUCUCAGGUGUGAUUGGCCAAGGGGCAUGUAUGAGUUUAUGGGGAUAUUGGGCAUUCAUGUGAGAGGGAAUUAAAGUUUUGAAGAUGUGCGAUAGUAGUAGUCUUCAUUAAUUCAAUCACUAUCACCACCAACUGCGCAUCAAGCACAGUUCUAGGCGCCCAGCAGUGAAGAGAACUAAGUCUAGCAUGUAUAUCCGUACAUAAGACCUCUGAGUGUACACCUUUUUGCCCUUGGGCUGCUGUUGCCCCCUUCUAUCCCAGGGCACCCCGCACAGAGGUAGCUUUACGUCCGUGGCUGAGAAAGGGCACAGUGAACUUGUGGGGAAACACUCUUGGGAACUGGAUAAGCCAGAGAUUUUAGUCCCAUUAACCUGUUGUGUCUUCUCUCCCCUCCAGAGUCCUCCCUCCAUGGAGUUUGGCCUGCUCAGCGAGGCGGAGGCCCGCAGCCCGGCCCUCUCGCUGUCGGAUGCCGGCACUCCCCACCCCGCCCUCCCAGAACACGGCUGCAAGGGCCAAGAGCACAGCGGUGAGCGCGCCCCCUUCUGGGCGUGGGGGAGAUAACAGCUCAAUCCUUGCUCAGGGUGGGACCCGGGAGCGGAAGCCCGGGUGCGAGCGAGCGGGCGGUGGAGGAGGUCCCCCAGCCAGAGAAUCCGCGCAGGCCUGGGCGCCCUGUGACCUGGCCCGCACCCGGCCCCCAGACUCGGAGAAGGCUUCGGCUUCGCUGCCCGGCGGCUCCCCGGAAGACGGUUCGCUGAAGAAGAAACAGCGGCGGCAACGCACGCACUUCACCAGCCAGCAGCUGCAGGAGCUGGAGGCGACCUUCCAGAGGAACCGCUACCCCGACAUGAGUACGCGCGAAGAGAUCGCCGUGUGGACCAACCUCACCGAGGCCCGCGUGCGGGUGUGGUUCAAGAACCGGCGCGCCAAGUGGCGAAAGCGCGAGCGCAGCCAGCAGGCGGAGCUGUGCAAGGGCGGCUUCGCGGCGCCGCUCGGGGGGCUGGUGCCGCCCUACGAGGAGGUGUACCCCGGCUACUCGUACGGGAACUGGCCGCCCAAGGCGCUCGGCCCGCCGCUCGCAGCCAAGACCUUCCCGUUCGCCUUCAACUCGGUCAACGUGGGGCCUCUGGCUUCGCAGCCCGUCUUCUCGCCACCCAGCUCCAUCGCCGCCUCCAUGGUGCCGUCGGCUGCGGCCGCCCCGGGCACCGUGCCAGGUCCCGGGGCCCUGCAGGGCCUGGGCGGGGGGCCCCCCGGGCUGGCUCCGGCGGCAGUGUCCUCUGGGGCAGUGUCCUGCCCUUACGCCUCGGCCGCGGCAGCCGCAGCUGCAGCCGCCUCCUCCCCCUACGUAUAUCGGGACCCGUGUAACUCGAGUCUGGCCAGCCUGAGGCUCAAGGCCAAACAGCACGCCUCUUUCAGCUACCCCGCCGUGCCCGGGCCGCCCCCGGCCGCCAACCUCAGUCCGUGCCAGUACGCCGUAGAACGGCCUGUAUGAGCUGCCCGGCCCGUGGAUCCUCCUCGAGGGCGGGGCUAAUAAUUCACGGCCUCCCCGGCCUGGGGUCGUCUUGAGUGGCUUGCCCUCGCUCCGGGGUCUGAGAGGGGCGCUUGGCGCAGCUGGAGAGGGCGGCCGGCUCAGGAGAGAGCCUUCCCCCUCCCAGCCCUGAGGGGUGGACUGGGCCCUACACACGCUCCGCGCCCCUGGGACUAAGGCCAGGAACAGGGACCACUUCCCCGGGGGCCAACUCACCCUUGGCCCACCCCGCCUUCUCCAGACUCUCCCUCCCCCGUUUUCAAAGAUGACUGAAAUAAACGUGCGCGGACUGUCAAAGGCCUGAUGAUUCAGAGUUGCGGUUG